AUGGAGAGUGCAAAGCGACCGCAUAGGAUACGAGCACGAGCUGGAGAUUCAGAGGCUGAGGCUGGGCCCGAAGUCGAUAAGCAGACACCUAGACAGGCAAGGGCAACUGUAAUGGAAUCCUCGGAGUCUGAGCCCGAAGAGAGGCCUACACCUCAACUUGCUUUGCCUGGCCCGAGGGCAAAGGUUGGGGCACCUGCGCCUUUAAUCGGACAGAACUCAUCCCCCAUCUCUCUAACUCCUGUCUUUCUAACUCCUACUCCGUCGAUAGUGUUGACUCCCACUCGCCAGUUCAAUCCAAGGACUAGGGAGAUGCUUCACUAUGUUAAGGAUGACAGUACCUCAGCCAACCAACUACCACCAACCACUUUUAGAGAACCAAUAGUCCCUGAGAUCCCUGUGGUCUCAGAAGUGACUAGCUCGCAGGCUUCCCAAGCUACUUCUUGGGCAAGUCCAUCGGCUUCUUCUAAGGCUACUGCAAGAACAGAGGUACCUUUUCCUUCCAUUAAAGUUCCAUCACAGGCUUCUAGUAAGGGCUCGGGUAACUCUCAUCCCCCUUCAGCAAGCAAGGUUGACCCUCCUCAACCAUCAAAAGCCACAUCACCACCUCUACUUCUUCCUGAAGCCCCAAGCUCGACUCAGGCUCUAGUGAUGGUUCAGGCAAGCUUCUCCAGCCCGUAG